AUGGACAGUGUCAUCGGCGAGACGACCAGCACAGCGACAAACGACAAUGCUGAGCUCGUGCAGCUUGCGGGGCAACUUGCCACGUGCAAUUCCGACCUUUCAAGCCGCAAUCCUGACACGGUCACAAGCAUGAGCCCGUCUGUGAGCGCUGCGCAGACCGCUCACAAUUCUUGCCGGAACACCCAACACCAGAAGAAGACCGACACAGCCACGGCGCUGCAAUCAUUGAGCACCUCGGUGUCGAACCACGCUGACUUGCCCGACACUCAGGCAGUGGAGAGUGUGGAGAGUUGCAUUGCAAAUUUCCACGCCCAAGACUACUUCACGAAUCCGGACAAUGCUGCUGAAGCUGUGAGAUGUGCUGCUACCGUCCGAGACUACAUGUCAACCUUCCACGAUGAGGCAGAGCCGCUUCUGGAGGGCUACGAGACGCAGAAGUCGGCGUUGGAGACGCAAGAAGCCACGUGCAAUCAGGCCCAAGCCAGCCUGGAGUCGAGCUUUUGCACGUUUCGUGGAGAGCUCUUGGUGAGCUGUCAUGCGCUAGACCAGUGCUUCGAUGAUGCGAAGACCUUGUUCGACACGUCUCUGGCAAUCAUCCAGCAGUCCAACACCAGCAGGCACGUGGCCUUUAGGGCCGCCCAGCAGGUGAAGUGCUACAUCCAGGUGCUGCGUCAGAGCCAGCCGACCCUUGCUGACGUAGAAGCAUGCGACAACGCGCAGCCGGAUGACUAUGAUACUUCAGCUCUCACCCUGCACGUUCCCUCGCCAGCUGCAAAGGCAGCCUGCGUCACGUCGCUGGUGGAUGACCACCCCUGUGAAACGCAGUGGCUGGCUGACUACUAUCACGGACAAGCUUGGUACCCGACCAUCUCGCCGAACACCUGCACUCCAUGCACCACCAGCGCUGGAGAGUUGUGGACGGAGCUCACGACGACCAACAGCCAUCCCGGGGCGCGGGAUGCCUUUGGCUUCACGGCCCACGACUCGGAGGCUUCCGCCUUCCUCUUUGGAGGCCGGGAUGCAGCUGGGAAUCCUCUUGCAGAUAUGUGGAAAGUCACCCUCGUUUCCGGGACGGCCCACGUGCAUUGGGAGGAGUUCUCGGUUUCGGGCGGGCCGGCGUCCGGAAGGAUGGGGUGCACGGCCGAGUGGACGGGCUCUUCGGUGUUGAUCCUCGGCGGCUUGGACGGAGGCGCGCCUUCGAGUGAGCUUUGGGAGUUCCUUCCGGACUCCUCCUCCUGGAAGGAGCUCGCCACGAAGCCUACGGGCUUGUCAGGUCACAGCGCCGUCUGGCAUGCAGCGGCGAAGACCAUGUUCGUCUUCGGUGGAAAGACGGGCGCUGGCAGCACGAAUGUGCUGUCCAAGUACGACUACCAGAGUGACACCUGGACGGACCCCUCUGUGAGCAACCCCCCACCGCCCCGGCGAGAGCAUGACGCCGUCUUGGCCUUGGACGGGUCGGAGGAGAUGCUGGUCUUCGGGGGGACAAGCUCGGAAAGCGCAGCGCCGGGCACGCUGCUGAAUGACCUUUGGGCCUUCCUGAUCACUGGGAAUUCCUGGCGACAGAUCACCCAGCAGGGUGCAGUUCCUUCCCAGAGAUACUCCCUCUCGGCCGUGUGGGCAUCGCCAUCCCAUGCCAUGCUCAUGUUCGGAGGCCGGUCAACAGUUCAUCUGAACGACUUGCUUGAGUACGACCACGCGUCCUCCACCUGGAGCCUGAUUCCUACCUCCGGGCCAGAGCCGCAGCCACGCCGCUUGCACGGAGCGGCGUGGAUCUCCCAAGCACAGGUCAUGAUCGUUUACGGCGGUAGCGAUGCCAAUCGCCUUCAAGACCUGUGGCAGUACCGACUGCCUUCUGCGCCCUGA